AUGUAUACGGUACCAGACGACGACGCCACCUGUGGCUGGAACGAGGCCCUCGAGACGCCUCCCGAGGCGCGCCGAUGGGUCGGUGACGAGCGCGCGGAUUGUGUGGUCGUCGGCGCCGGCUACACCGGUUUGGCCACUGCUCGCCGGCUUGCCGAGUUACGCCCUGAGUGGCGCAUCGUGGUGCUCGAAGCGCAGCGGGUCGGUAGCGGAGCCUCGGGACGCAACUCGGGGUUCGUCGUCGACCUGGUCGAGGCCACGGUGCGGCUCGAUCGGCCACGCCAGGCGGGCUACAUCCGGCUUGCCCGAGCCGGCAUCGAGCAGCUGCGAGAGCUGACUCGGGACGGCAAGAUCGACUGCGACUGGGACGAGUCCGGCUGGAUCCGCGCCGCCGCCGGUCAGCGGGGCCGGCGCGCGCUGGAAGGCAUGAGGCCGCACCUCGACAAUCACGACGUGCCCUACGAGAUCCUCGACGCCGACGCCUUGGCGGCGACCACCGGCUCGGCCUUCUACCGCUACGGGAUGAGAUUCCCGGGCUCUCCCCAAGUGCAGCCCGCGGCGUUGGUGCGGGGCCUCGCCGACCAGCUGCCGGCGAGCGUCGAGCUCUACGAGGAGUCGCCGGUGGUCGACAUCGAUCGGCAGAGCCCCAUUCGAGUGACCACCACCGGUGGUUCGGUGGUCGCUGAUCGGGUUUUUCUGGGGACCAAUGGCUAUACCCCGGCGUUGGGUUUCUUACAACGAAGAAUUUUCCCGCUCUAUGCCUUCGGUAGCUUCAGCCGGGUGCUGAGUCAGGCAGAACAAGAGCGGCUCGGCGGCGAGCGGGAGUGGGGCAUCCUCGGCCUCGAUCCGAUGGGGUCGACGGUCCGGCGGACCCGGGAUCAGCGGUUAUUCAUUCGCAAUAGUCUCUUUUACACGAAGAAGUUUCGGGUCGGAGAGGUCGAGCUGGAGCGGGCUCGGGCGAAUCAUCGGAAGGGUUUUCUCAGCCGCUUCCCAGAGCUCGGCGAGAUCGAGCUGAAUCUCACUUGGAGUGGCUUGCUGGGCAACUACUUACAACUUCCAGAUCCAUUUCGGCGAGCUGCGCCGCAAUGUCUUCGCCACCGGUGGCUAUACCGGGGCCGGGAUCUCGAUGGGCACUAG